AAAAAUUUACCCUAUGGUAUUGGAAAGCUGAGAAACCUCCGAAUCUUAGAUGCUUCAGGCUGCUAUAAACUGGGAGGGAAAAUGUCAGAAACAGAAAGCAUCCGUAGUCUUUCUUCCCUACCACGCCCUCAUUUUCAUGGUUACCGAAGGCUCCAAUUGCUACUGGAGCUUCCUUCUAGCUUAACAUGUUUGAGCAUCACCUGUCAAAGUCGCAGAUUGCCUUCACUUUCCCACCUAAACCAUCUCAAGGAACUACGACUUCUUGACUGUGAAUAUCUCGAGUGCAUCUGGGAACUUCAAUCGACGCUAUUGCAACAUUCAGAAUGCUCCCAACAGACAGAUGUUGAAGAAUCAGAAUUACAAAAAUCCCCUUACGAUCCCUUCAAGUUGGAAAUCUUAGAAAUACGUGGCUGCAAAUUUAUGAAAACACUGGAUGUUUCCCAAUCAAACCAUCUGAGGACAUUAUCAGCCGAGGGUUGCGAUAAUAUACUUGAAGUUCGAGGUCUUGACAAAUUGAAAUAUUUGGAAAGCUUGGGCAUCACAGGGUGUACUUCAAUCAAAAAGCUGGACCUUCCAAAUUCUGAAGGCAUGAAAAAAAUACAUGCUGAAGAUUGUGAAAACUUAGUAAAAAUUAAAGGUCUUGAUAGGCUGAAAUUCUUGAAAGUGUUAUAUAUUUCUAAGUGUCCGUCAAUCGAAAGGCUGAAGCUUUCAAAUUCUGAGGGCAUGAAGAAAUUACAAGCUGAAUAUUGCAAAAAUUUAGUGGAAAUUCAAGGCCUCGAUAAGUUGGAGUUCUUAGAAGAGUUACAUAUCUCUCGUUGUGCUUCAAUUGAAUUGCUGUACCUUCCAGUAUCCAAGGGUCUGAAGAUAUUAAAUGUUAAAAAUUGUGAAAAGUUAAUCGAAAUUCAAGGGGUUGAUGGAUUGGAGUUCUUGAAAAUGCUAUGUAUCUUUGGGUGCACUUCAAUUGAACGGCUGAACCUUCCAAAAUCUGAAGGCCUGAAGAUAUUAAAUGCUAAAAAUUGUGAGAACUUGGUCGAAAUUCAAGGUUUCGAUAGGAUUGAGUUCUUGGAAGAGCUAUAUAUCUCUCGGUGCGCUUCAAUUGAAAGGGUAGACCUUUCAAAAUCCAAAGGCAUAAAGAAAUUGCAUGCUGAAUAUUGCAGAAAGUUAGUCGAAAUUCGAGGCCUUGAUUUGUUGGAGUCCUUGGAAGAUUUAAAUAUCUUUCAAUGCGCUUCAAUUGGAAGGCUUGGACUUCCAAAAUCUGAGGGCAUGAAGAAACUGCAUGCUGAAUAUUGCGAAAACCUGGUCGAAAUUCAAGGCCUUGAUAGGUUGGAGUUCUUGGAAGAACUAUAUAUUUCUCAAUGCACUUCAAUUGAAAUGUUGAACCUUCCAAAAUCUAAGGGUCUAAAAAUAUUAGAUGCUGAAAAUUGCAAAAACUUAGUCGAAAUUCAAGGCCUUGAUAGAUUGGAGUUCUUUAAAAAGCUGUGUAUUUCUGGGUGCACUUCAAUUGAAAGGCUAGACCUUCCAAAAUCCAAGAGCAUGAUGACAUUAUUUGCUAAAAAUUGUGAAGAUUUAGUCGAAAUUCAAGGUCUUGAUAGGUUGGAGUUCUUGGAACUCCUAUAUAUAUCUCGGUGUGCUUCACUUGAAAGGUUGGACCUUGCGAAAUCCAAGGGCUUGAGGAAAUUAGUUGUUAAAAAUUGCAGAAACUUAGUCGAAAUUCAGGGCCUUGAUAGGAUGAAGUUCUUGGAAGAGCUAUAUAUCUUUGAGUGCGCUUCUAUUGAAAGGCUAGAUCUUCCAAAAUUUGAGGGCCUACCUGAAAAUUGGGAAGAGUUAGUUGAAAUUCACCACCUUGGGAAAUUGGAGUUGUUGAAGGGGUUGUUGAAGGGGUUGUUGCCUUCCCAUAGUCAUCCACUGCUGGCCCCUCUAAAAUUCGAGGGCAUGAAGACAUUAUGUGCUAAAAAUUGCAAAAGCCUAGUCAAAAUUCAAGGCCUCGAUAAGUUGGAGUUCUUGGAACUGCUAUAUAUAUCUCAAUGUGCCUCAAUCGAAAGGCUUGACCUUCCAAAAUUUGAGCAGUUGAAGAUAUUAAAUGCUGAAGAUUGUGAAAACUUAGUCGAAAUUCAAGGCAUUGAUAGGUUGAAAUUCUUGGAAGGGCUGUAUAUCUCGGGUGUGCUUCAAUUAAACGACGGACCUUCCAAAUUCCGAGAGUCUUGAGAUAUUAUAUGCUCAAAAUUGCAAAAACUUGGUCCAAAUUCAAGGCCUUGAUAGGUUGAAGUUCUUAAAAGAGCUAGAUAUCUCUCGGUGUGCUUCAAUUGAAAGGUUGGAUCUUUCAAAAUCUGAGUGUCUAAAGAUAUUAAAUGUUGGAUAUUGCAAAAACUUAGUCAAAAUUCAAGGCCUCAACAGGUUGGAGCUUUUGAAAGAGCUAUAUAUCUUUGGUUGCGCUUCAAUCAAAAAGCUGGACCUUUCAAAAUCCAAGGGUCUGAAUAUAUUAGAUGCUCAAUAUUGCGAAAAUUUAGUUGAAAUUCAAGAUCUUGAUGGAUUGGAGUUCUUAGAAGUGUUGAAUAUCUCUGGGUGUGCUUCAAUUGAAAGGCUGGACCUUCCAAAGUCUGAGGGCAUGAAGAAAUUAUUUGUUGAAAAUUGCAAAAACUUAGUUGAAAUUCGAGGCCUUGAUAGGUUGGAGUUCUUAGAAGUGUUGAAUAUCUCUGGGUGUAUUUCAAUUGAAAGGCUGGACCUUCCGAAGUCUGAAUGCAUGAAGAAAUUAUUUGUUGAAAAUUGGGAAAACUUAGUUGAAAUUCGAGGCCUCGAUAGGUUGGAGUUCUUAGAAGUGUUGAAUAUCUCUGGGUGUACUUCAAUGGAAAGGCUGGACCUUCCGAAGUCUGAGGGCAUGAAGAAAUUAUUUGUUGAAAAUUGCGAAAACUUAGUUGAAAUUCGAGGCCUCGAUAGGUUGGAGUUCUUAGAAGUGUUGAAUAUCUCUGGGUGUACUUCAAUUGAAAGGCUGGACCUUCCGAAGUCUGAGGGCAUGAAGAAAUUAUUUGUUGAAAAUUGCGAAAACUUAGUUGAAAUUCGAGGCCUUGAUAGGUUGGAGUUCUUGGAAGUGCUAUAUAUCUCUCAGUGUGCUUCAAUUCUAAGGGUGGACCUUCCAAAAUCUGAGGGCAUGAAGAAAUUAUUUGCACAAUUUUGCAAAAAGUUAGUCAAAAUUCAAGGCUUUGAUGGGUUGGAGUUAUUGGAAGUGUUGAAUAUUUCUCAGUGCUCUUCGAUAGAAAGGCUAGAUCUUCCAAAACUCAAAGGUUUGAAGAAAUUAUACGCUCAAAAUUGCAAAAACUUAGUUGAAAUUCAAGGUCUUGAUAGGUUAGUGUUCUUGGAAGUGCUGAAUAUCUCUGGUUGCAUUUCAAUUAGAAGGCUGAACCUCCCAAAAUCUGAGGGUUUGAAGAUAUUAGGUGCUAAAAAUUGCGAAAACUUAGUCGAAAUACAAGGUCUAGCCAGGUUGGAGUUCUUGAAAGUGGUGAAUAUCUCUGGGUGCACUUCAAUUAAAAGGCUUGACCUUCCAAAAUCAGAGGGUAUGAAGAUAUUAGCUGCUCAAUAUUGCAAAAGCUUAGUCGAAAUUCAAGGCCUGAAUGGGUUAGAGUUCUUGGAAGUGCUCAAUAUCUCUGGGUGCACUUUGUUUGGAAGGUUACCAGAUUUAUGUUGCUUUGACACCUUGCAAAAGUUUGCAAUCAACUGCAAUGACAAGCUUUAUGACAUUCAGAGCCUGGAGAGAUUCUCAUCUUGCACAAGUUUAUGGAUUGAAGAUUGCAAGACCUUAGCAAAAUUCCCAAACUUGUCAAAUUUUUGUAAGUUACGGAAAUUGUUCCUGUCUAAUUGUCAUGAACUUCGGGAGAUCCCAGGGCUUGAGGAGUUGACAUCUCUAAAACAUAUUGCUAUCUCAGGAUGUUCUUCGAUUGAGAUCUUACCAGAUUUGUCAUUGUGUACCAACUUGAUCAGUCUGGUAGUGCAAAAUUGUGAAAAGUUGACUGAGCUUCGAGGGCUCCAGAAUUUGGACCACUUAGUGGAACUGGACAUUUCUGGAUGCAUCUCACUCAAAACAAUACCGGAAUUAUCUGGAACGCAACUUUAUCGAAAUUAUGAGAAAAUGCCAUUUGCCUCGGUUGUGUAACAAUAGAACUUGGAGAAAGCGACUGGGAUGAGUCAGAAUAGUUCAGAUGAUCCACAUUUCCUAACAAAGGUACAUAAAGCAGGAAUCUGUGGGAGAUGUUUGUGGAAGUUUAUGUGUACCUUGGCAAAAUGUUUCUGCUGGUCAUGCCAGUCAUGGAAAUAGAUCAGUAGGCCUUCAAAGUGCAUUAUUUGCCAAUAGUCUUCAGAAUGUCAAAGGUAAUCGUACAGGUCAAGAAUUGCUAAAUGAAGGACCCUUCAUGGAGAUCCUUCUGAUAUGAGGUUUUUGUUUGCUCUGCGCUCACCAUGCAUUUCAGGACUGCAUGUUUCUAAGGAUAUGGUUAUUAUUGUGCUGGCUGUGAAGUAAACACUGAAAUAUCGAAAAGAGUUUCUGAAGGGCACUUCUAAAAGGAAACGAAGUCAUCAAAGGAUCAGAAGCUUAAUUUAUUGGACUUGUCCUAAUUGCUGACAAUGAACCCUUGGAUCUGUAAAGGAUGUUUGCAUAUUGUUAUCCCACAUGGCCCUGAUUAUGUUCAACAGAGGCAUGGCAGAGCUAAAACUGUCAGUUAACUUAAGAGGUUUCUGUAAUACUGAAAUUUGGAUGAUUGUAUUUCAAUUUGUUAUCAUAAUUGGCACCUGCAAGGUGGUCUUUUGGAGUUUUUAUUUGAAGAGAGUUGUUUGUGAGUCAGGGUUGGAUCUUCAUGCUACAGUGGAAGCUAUUUGAAGUCUGCCUGCUGAACUUUGUUGGGCUAAUAAAGAACUUGGAGUUUCUUACUUUGGGAAGCUACUGUCUUAAAAUUGAUGUAUCCACCGGGGUUGGAAGUCUCAGAAUCAAAAUUUUGCGAUGUUGAGAUCU